ACCUAUCUCCUUCUGUCGCAUAGUGCUAUCACUCGAAUAAACCUCUGAGUCAAGGUAAAGCUCUGCUGUGGUGUCUAUCAUCUCAGUCCGAGACAUGAUUUGGUCUCCCCGCCAUGGUGCAUGGCGGGCCAAAGUUCCGGCGCAACGUCACAAUUGCUAUCGAUAGGUGAUCCUCUCCGAUCAACCAUUUCGCAUGUGUUAAGCAUUUGUCGUGUCUGCCAUCGCUCUUUCCUUUCUCAAUCACCAUCUCACUCUCGUGACCUUCUCAAAUUUAUACCCCACCAUACCACACGUCACCCCAGGGCUCGAGGUCCAGUAAACACCCGAGUGUACGCUAUACCAAUCUACACAACAUGGCUUCAGAGAAGAGAAGCGAGCGCGGCAUUCGCAUCGCCAUCGAUCGCGGUGGUACAUUCACCGACUGUGUCGGCAACCCCGGCUCUGGCAAGAUGGAAGACGAUGUCGUUCUCAAGCUACUCUCAGUAGACCCCCAAAACUACGACGACGCUCCGCUAGAAGGCAUUCGUCGCUUGCUCUCCAAAUUCACCGGCAAAGACAUCCCUCGAGGCGAACCGCUAGAUACGACUAAGAUUGAGAGUAUUCGGAUGGGUACAACAGUAGCAACCAACGCCUUGCUAGAAAGAAAAGGGGAAGACAUUGCUAUGAUCGUCACAAAAGGCUUCAAAGACUGCUUAGAGAUCGGCAACCAAAGCAGGCCCAACAUCUUCGAUCUCGCUAUCAAAAAGCCAGAAGUUCUCUACAAAAGAGUUGUCGAGAUUGACGAGAGAGUUACGCUCGAAGACUACGCCGAAGACCCUACAAGAAACACGACGGAAGCUAAGGCCAUAAAGGAUGCUGGCGAGGACGCCGAGCUAGUCAAGGGUCUAUCAGGUGAGGCCGUCCGUAUUCUCAAGAGACCCGACCACGAACAAAUACGCAAGCAAUUGCAAGAAGUCUUUGACUCUGGUCUCAAGAGUAUCGCCGUCUGUCUCAUGCAUGGCUACACCUUCCCACAACACGAGGCAUUGAUUGGCAAGAUUGCUAAGGAGAUUGGCUUUGAGCACGUUUCCUUGUCCCACGAGUUGAUGCCUAUGAUCAAGCUUGUACCUCGCGCUACAUCCGCCUGUGCUGAUGCUUAUCUUACCCCUGCCAUCCGCAAAUAUAUUGAUGGCUUUCAGAAAGGAUUCGAGGGUGGACUAGGCACUGCCAGUGUCAAAAAGGAAGAAGGCGCAAGGGGUGCCAGAUGCGAGUUCAUGCAAUCAGACGGUGGUUUGGUCGAUGUCGACAUCUUCAGUGGUCUCCGUGCAAUCCUAUCAGGGCCUGCUGGAGGUGUUGUCGGUUAUGCCUUAACCUCGUACGACCCUAAAACCAAAACGCCCGUCAUUGGCUUUGACAUGGGUGGAACCAGUACAGAUGUCUCCAGAUAUGGCGAGGGCAGAUAUGACCACGUCUUUGAGACCACAACAGCUGGUGUCACCAUCCAAUCGCCUCAACUAGAUAUCAACACAGUUGCAGCCGGUGGUGGCAGUAGGCUCUUCUUCAAGAAUGGGCUAUUCGUAGUCGGUCCCGAGUCAGCAAGUGCCCACCCUGGACCUGCAUGCUACAGGAAGGACGGUCCACUUACUAUUACCGAUGCCAACCUGUUCCUCGGACGCCUGCUGCCAGACUUCUUCCCCAAGAUUUUCGGCAAGAACGAAGAUGAGGGACUUGAUCCCGAGGCAAGCAAGAAGCUCUUCGAAGAGCUUACAACAAAGAUCAACCAGGAAGUCAAGGACAAGGACAUGUCUGCAGAUGAGGUUGCAUAUGGAUUCAUCAAGAUUGCCAACGAAACCAUGACUAGGCCUAUUCGUAGCUUAACCGAGGCUAGAGGGCACGACACCUCGAAGCACAGACUUGCGACAUUCGGUGGUGCAGGUGGCCAGCAUGCAGUUGCCAUUGCAGAAGCACUCGGAAUUAGCCAGAUCUUGAUCCAUCGCUACUCUUCCGUGCUCUCGGCCUACGGCAUGGCCCUGGCUGACGUAGUUGACGAAAGGCAAGAACCAGAUUCAAAGGUGUGGUCGGAUGAAGGAGAUGUCCGAAAGUACUUCCAGAGCAAAAUGGAGGAACUCAAGAAGAAGUCGAGAGCCACUUUGAAAGAUCAAGGCUUCGAAGAAGACCACGUCCACUUCGAGGAGUACUUGAACAUGCGUUACCGUGGUACAGAGUCAGCCCUCAUGGUCGUCAGACCAAGCAAAGAGGAUGCCGACCAGAAGUUCAACGGCGACGAUUGGGCAUUCGGCAAGGCCUUUGUCGAGCAGCAUGAACAAGAGUUCGGUUUCACCCUCCCCGACCGAGACAUCAUCGUCGAUGACGUUAGAGCUCGUGGUAUCGGCAAGACUUUUAAGGGCCUCGAGAAGACCGUUGAUCAGCAAUUGGAAGAAAUCAAGCCAAAGGAUGUCGGCAAGGACGAGAAGAUCUAUGGAAAGUCACAAGUCUACUUCGAGGGUGGCCGACAGGAGACUUCCAUCUACAAGCUUGAGGAACUCGUGAUUGGUGAUAGGAUCAGGGGUCCAGCGAUCAUUGCCGACGGCACUCAAACGAUCGUCGUGACCCCUGGCGCCUCCGCUCUGGUCAUCGAGACACACGUCGUCAUCAACAUUGGCGAGAGCGAUGGUUCUGAGAAGAAGAUCAACACUGAGACCGUUGAUCCGAUCAUGCUCAGUAUCUUUGCUCACCGUUUCAUGGCCAUCGCGGAGCAAAUGGGUCGUGCUCUGCAAAAGACCAGUGUCAGCACAAACGUCAAGGAACGACUCGACUAUUCUUGCGCACUAUUCGAUCCAACUGGAGGUCUAGUCGCCAAUGCUCCUCAUCUGCCUGUCCAUCUAGGAUCUAUGUCCACGUGUGUCAAGAAGCAAGCGAAGAUCUGGGAGGGCAAGCUCAAGAAGGGUGAUGUUCUGGUCUCAAACCAUCCCAUGUAUGGAGGCACCCACUUGCCCGACAUCACGGUCAUCACACCAGCUUUCAGUGGCGACAAGAUUGUCUUUUACGUUGCUUCUCGUGCCCAUCAUGCAGACAUUGGAGGUAUUCUGCCUGGCUCAAUGCCGCCACACUCUCGCGAGCUGUUCCAGGAAGGUGCAGCCAUCAAGUCCGAAAAGCUGGUCUCAGAGGGCAGGUUUGACGAGAAGCGUAUCACCGAGCUUCUUCUCGAUGAGCCGGCCCAAUACCCUGGAUGCAGUGGCACUCGCUGCUUGGCAGACAACCUAAAUGACCUUAAGGCACAAGUGGCAGCUAACCAGAAAGGUAUCAACCUCAUCAACACGCUUAUCGACGAUUACGGCGAGAGUGUUGUACAAUUCUACAUGACAAGCAUCCAGGACAACGCCGAGCUGAGUGUCAGAAAUCUGCUCAAGGAGGUCAGCAAACGUUUUGAAGGCCAAGAUCUGUCAGCUGUCGACUACAUGGACGAUGGCAGCCCUAUCAAGCUCAACGUGCAGAUCGACGCCGAGAAGGGUGAAGCCGUAUUUGAUUUCACCGGCACUGGACCUGAGGUCUAUGGCAAUAUCAAUGCUCCUGAAGCAGUGACAUACAGCGCAAUCAUCUACUGCCUUCGUUGCCUCAUCAGCGAGGACAUUCCUCUGAACCAAGGCUGUCUCGCCCCUAUCCACGUCAAGAUUCCCAAAAAAUCCUUCUUGUCGCCUUCCGCGACUGCUGCAGUCGUAGGAGGCAACGUUUUGACCUCUCAGCGCGUCACAGACGUCGUUCUGAAGGCUUUCCAGGCCUGUGCUGCCUCCCAGGGAGAUUGCAACAAUUUGACUUUUGGUAAAUUUGGCGGCAACGCAGAUGGCAAAGAAGCAGUCAAAGGCUUCGGCUACUACGAAACCAUCGCCGGAGGUUCUGGUGCCGGUCCCACCUGGGACGGCACGAAUGGCGUUCACACCCACAUGACCAACACCCGCAUCACCGAUUCCGAAGUCUUCGAACGUCGUUACCCUGUGUUACUUCGUGAAUUCAGUCUCCGAGCUGGCAGUGGCGGCAAUGGACAACACAAGGGUGGCGAUGGUGUCGUCCGCGACAUCGAAUUCCGCAUCCCUGUGCAAGUUUCCAUCCUCUCCGAACGCCGUGUGUAUCACCCUUACGGUCUCAAUGGCGGUGGAGAUGCAGCAUGCGGACAAAACGUUUGGGUCAGACAUGUAGAGAAAGCACCUACCGAUGACGAGAAAAAGGUCAAAGAGGAAGAAGAGGUUAGAUAUAUCAACCUUGGAGGCAAGAAUACCGCGGCUUUCAAGGCUGGAGAAAGAAUCAUCAUCAAUACGCCUGGAGGUGGUGGCUGGGGUCCCAUGGGUGAAGAGAGUCAGGCUAACAAGCAUCUCUGGUCCGACCCCAAAAGCCAUUGGAAAGGUGGUAGUGUGGCUGCCAGACAGGCUGAGGGUGAAGCCAGUGCUUAGAUUAAGAUAUCACAACUCUGGUAAACAGGACGAAAAGACUCAGAAUCGAGUCAUCGCCAUCAUCAAGACUACCUUCUCGGUACACCAAUGAAAAGUAUUGGAAGAUAUCCGACAAUACAUCUUCCACACCACACACUCCUUCAUCCUUCUUCAGUACAUGAGACUGUUCUGACAAUUGACCUUUAUUUCGCAAAUCUCACUUCG